AGACAAUACCGGAAGAACAUAGACAUUUGACAUAUCUCCAAUUAGUUAGUGUAUUCAUUCACUAAACGCAUGUUAACACACAUGUAAAUUGGGAGACAAGGCCAAAAUUUGUUUCUUAUAAAGAGGAUACAAAAUACUCCAUCCGAUCCGUUCCUAAAAGAUAUACUUUUUAAAGUUUUCACACAUAUUAAGAAAACACAUUAAAUCGCUAUAAUAAAUUUAUCGUUUUCUGUAAUUUUCAAUUUUCAACAACUUUUAACCAAUAGUAAUUUAAUAAAACCAAUUAAUUUUCUUAAAGUUUACAAUUUUUUCAUAGAAAACAUAGAAUAUACAUCUUUUUGAAACAAAUAUUUUUUUCAAAAUAUGAAUCAUUUAGAAACAGAGAAAGUAAGAUUUUGGCUUAUACGAUGAAUUGAAUAAAGCUGGAAACAUUCCAAAAAUAUAGACUUUUUAGUAUUUUCACACAUUAAAAAAAUACAUUAAACUACCAUAAUAAAUAUAUUAUUUUCUGUAAUUUUUAAUUUUUUAUAACUUUUAACAAAUAAAGUCAAUUAAUUUUUUUAAAGUUUAUAUUUUUUCAUAAAAGACACAAAAAAUACAUAUUUGUGAAACCAACCUUUUUCUAAAAAGUCUUCCUCUGCUCAGAGUACUAAUCACCCUAAUUCAUUUUCCAUCUUUUGAUUUGAUGUUCCUUGAAACAUUUUUAUUUUAAUUUGUUAAUCACCGUUGGAACCAGACAAAGAAUCAGAAACAACACUACCAAUCUCUCUCUGUCUCUGUAUAAUGUCAGUGUUGUCUCUCUCUCUACAAGCCGAGAGAGACAGUGAUGACAAUAACUCUGAGCAGAGGAAGGACUAACCACCAUUUCCAAUCAUGAAUCCGGCAACUGACCCAGUCUCCGCCGCUCCACCUCCACAGCCACACCGUCUCCCAACCUCCUGCGACCGUCACCCGGAGGAGCGAUUCACCGGUUUCUGCCCUUCCUGUCUCUGUGAACGCCUCUCAGUCUUAGACCAAACCAACAAUGACACUGCAUCAUCUUCUUCUCGGAAGCCUCCCACCAUCUCCGCCGCGGCUCUCAAGGCCCUCUUCAAGCCUUCUGGUAACAACGGUGGAAACGGCCGGGUAAAACCCGGAUUCUUCCCGGACCUCCGCCGCACAAAAUCGUUCUCGGCGUCAAAGAACAGCGAGGGACUCUCCGGCUUGUUCGAGCCGCAGCGUAGAUCUUGCGACGUCAGACUUCGUAGCUCUCUCUUGAACUUGUUUACUCAAGAUGAGCAACGUUACCCUCCGAUCACCGUCUCCGGCGGCGAGGCCGAGGCGGAGCCAAGAAAAUCUACCGUUCAGGAGCCUGUUUUAGAAGCUAACGACGAAGAAGAAGAAGAAGAAGCUGAAACUGAAGAUGACUAUGUCGACUUCGAGAUUCUCAAUGAUAACUCCAGCAACGAAGCUGUUGAAGAGAGAAAUGAGAUAGAGGAUGUUAAAGUCCCUGAGAAAGCUAAAAGCGAAGAGGAGAUAAUAGAUGUUGAUUCUUCUCAAACCAAGAAGGCAUCGGUACGACGUAGUUUCUGGUCAGCCGCCUCUGUUUUCAGCAAGAAGCUGCAAAAAUGGAACCAGAAGCUGAAGAAGCGGCGGAGCAACGGCGGCGAUCACCACCGGCCGGGAUCCGCGAGGCUACCGGUGGAGAAACCGAUAGGGAGACAGCUCCGGGAUACGCAGUCGGAGAUCGCCGACUACCGGAGGUCGUGCGACACCGAUCCUCGAUUCUCCCUGGACGCCGGAAGAUUCUCUCUUGACGCCAGAAGAUUCUCCGUCGAUAUCGGCAGGAUCUCGGUCGACGAUCCUCGCUACUCGUUCGACGAGCCGAGAGCUUCGUGGGACGGGACUCUGAUCGGACGGACGGCGAGACCUCCGCCGCCGCCGUCGAUGCUCUCCGUGGUGGAAGAUGCGGCGGUGAUCCGAUCAGAUAUGCAGAUUCCAGUGGAACAACCACAGCCACCACCGCCACCACCAGUGGUUAAUCCAGUGAACAAUGAGUCCGACCCGGUUAUAAUCCCGGGCGGGUCAAUCCAAACCCGAGACUAUUACAAUGACUCAUCCUCCUGGAGGAGGAAGAGUCUCGACAGAUCAAGCUCUAUAAGAAAAACCCACGUGGCGGAUGAGCAGAAGCCGCGAGUGUCUAUAUCAAUAGAUACUUACUCAGGAGGAUCAAUGAGGGAUGACAGUUACGUUGCGGAGACGGGAGGUAACGGCUUUUACCGAGAACCGACGAUCACCGGUGAGAGGAAAGUGAAUAGUAAUGAUAACGGCUUUUACCGGGAACCGGCGAUCACCGGUGAGAGGAGUGUGAAUAGUAACGAUAACAGCAAGAAGUCGAGACGGUGGGGGAAGUGGAGCAUCUUAGGGCUUAUCUACAGGAAGAGUGUUAACAAGUACGAGGAAGAGGAGGAACACGGUGGGAUGGUGGAGAGAUCGUUGUCGGAGUCAUGGCCGGAGCUGAGGAACGGUGGAGGAGGAGGAGCGAGGAUGGAGAGGAGUAAUAGCAAUGUGAGCUGGAGGAGCUCAGGCGGCGUACCGGCGAGGAAAGUCAACGGGUUGGAGAGGAAUAAGAGUUCAAGGUAUGGGGAGAACGGAAUGUUGGAUUUUUAUUUGGCGCCGAUGAACGGUAGCCGGAGGCUGAGCGUUGGAUCUGGAGGUGGUGGCGGGUGGGCGAAUAGUCACGGCCAUUCUAUAGCUAGGAAUGUUAUGAGGCUUUACUGAUAAAAACUGUUCACUGGAUGGUUCGGUUUAAGUGGUUUAGCUCUCUGAACCUUCUUUGUCGUUUUUGUUGGUUUGGGUUCAGUUUCGGCGCAGUUGGUUUACUUUUAAAAUGUUAAGGGGAGAGGUUUCAAACGAAUGACUUGGUUACGUUGUCUAUUAUAACCGGAAUAAACCGCCUUUAACCAGCCGUUAUUGGUUCCAAAAUUUCAGUUAAUUUAAGUACUUGU